AUGAACGGUUUUGCCUAUGUAGGCCUGGCCGAUGGAUGUAUGGACCCUCGCAUCUUCGAUCGCGGGCCGACUAUGGUCUCACCCGAUGAUCAUGAUCCCCAGCGUGCGGCGCGCUGCGGUAACCCGGCUAGUGACUGGAGACCAUUAGAAAUGAAACAGCGCUCCGCUGGUCGUGCGAUUCUCCGUAUACAGUAA